AAGUUCUUUGCAACACAUGUUAAAAAGAAAGAUCAGAAAGUAGUUUCAGGAGCGCCAAUGGUCAAGAAAUAAGCACCACUAUCCGAAAAACUGAACAGAAAAGCAAGCGAGAAGCAACAUGCGGUGGCAUAGAGGGAGUCAUGCGAUAGUGCUGGUUCUCGCAAUCUGCAGCACAUUUGCUCAGAUGCAAGAGUAUCGUGAUUAUAAAGUGAACAGUGGGCAAGCAAAACAGGGCAUAUCUGACCUAGACAGGGGAGAGGAGACCAGUGAAAGCGUCCGCAGAGAAUUGGGUUUCUUUGUCAGCAGAGGUAAUGCCAGGGUAUCAAGAGGGAGCGGACAGGCUCGAGGGCCUUCCCUGCCAAAUAUUAACAGAAGCAGGGACCCGCUAGAGGAAGGGAUGUGGACACGUAAGCGCGUGGAUAUGAUCCGAUCAAGUUCCGGUGCAAGGCCUACCGUUGCUCCCGUUGUGACAUCUUCGCCAACGCCAUCCGCAACAACGCCAACUACCGACGGUGAUUCAGAUUCCACAGGGGGAUCUUCCGCUCCUGCCACUGCUGAACCAGGCUCAACGGCUGCUCCGGGAUCAACCCCUGCUCCGACGGGAGCUACCACAUCUUCAACGAAUACGACAACCACUCCUGCGACAACCACGCCAACCACGGCCACAAAUGGCACCACGACAGCGCCCGGAAACACCACGACAAUGAAUCCGACCGUGGCUGCAACUGCACCUGACCCACUACAAGCGGUUCGUCGCAGUUAUCAAUACGCGAUGAUGAAACCUCGAGGAGGCCAUGUGCCAUGUAUUGGAGGAACGCAAGACUUGAGGUUUGCGGUCGAUAUCCAAGUGAACUUCCCCAACCACAGGUUCAUGGCAUGUUCUGGAGGACAAUUUCAAGCAGUGACAACUGUAGUCCAAGCAACUCUGAAUUCAGCAUUUCCUAGCACUAUCCCAAGUUGGCCUGACCGUGUCGAGUUCAAGAAGUUUGAGUUUGACGUAAAUCAGUUCUCGCUCCAUGUCAACCCGUAUCCAGGGGACAGCAACCAGCGCCAUUUGAUUCGAAGCAACCAGAACUUUACCUACGAGCAAGUGGACCAAAGCUACCAGAACUAUACCUAUCAGCAAGUGGAGGACGGGAGGGGCCGAAAGCUUCAAGACCAAGGAGGAUGCCCACGCAAGCCGACCGUCUGUGAAGAUACCACAGAUUUAUGCAUAUACGGGUGUGGCUUGGCUUCCAUCACAAAAUGCGGGGACCUUUCGUUAUGGGAAGACCUGGGAUCAUCGCUUUCAUCUUCUCUUUCUGCGUUGCAUUUGGACUGUUUGGGAGGAAGCCAACCAACAGUCGCGGAAGUGUUUGUCUUCUCUCCGUAGUGGGAACACGUGUUAUCUGGAGAACCACAUCUUACUACCUUGUACUAACUAUAUAGAAUCCGAGAAUCACUCUAUGGCGCCCAGGUACCAAUGCGAUC